AUGGUAGUUCAGCUUCUAAUUCUUGUCAUUCUCCUCUUUGGGAGCUCAUUGAGGCUAGUAGUAGGGAACAACGAGACUGAUCAACUUGCUUUGUUGGAGUUCAAGAAACAAAUUGAUGAUCCUUACGGAUCCCUGAGUUCGUGGAACGAUUCCAUCCAUUUCUGCAAAUGGGUAGGGAUCACAUGUAGCCAUCGUCAUCAACAACGGGUUAUCAGCUUGGAUUUACAAGGGAAGGGUUUGGUUGGGAACAUAUCUCCUUUCAUAGGGAAUCUCACUUUUAUCAAUUCCCUCAACAUUGGAAACAACAACUUCCAUGGAAAAAUCCCUCAAGAGAUCGGUUAUCUGUUUCGACUACAAUACAUUGAUCUUGAAAACAACACUCUCCAAGGAGAACUUCCUGUCAGUUUGGCCAACUGCACUCGUCUGAGAGAAAUCUAUUUCUCCUAUAAUAAUAUUGUCGGGAAGAUUCCUGUUGAAUUGUUUAUGUCUUUGUCAAAGUUGGAGGUAAUUUUUAUUGCUAAGAAUGACUUGACAGGAAAAAUACCAGAUUCUUUUGGGAACAUUUCCUCUGUCAUAGGUAUGGGUUUGGCUGGAAAUGGACUGCAAGGGAGCAUUCCGGAAUCCCUUGGUCAGCUAACAAACUUAUAUUUUCUAUCACUUUUUUCCAACAAGCUAUCUGGUAUGAUCCCCGUCUCUUUAUAUAAUCUUUCUAUUCUUGGGCUUUUUUCUUUCACACAAAAUCAAUUGCAUGGGAGCCUUCCACAAGACAUAGGCCUCACUCUUCCAAAUCUCCAAGAAGUAUACAUUGGAGAGAACCUUUUGUCAGGGAGAUUUCCUAAUUCCAUCUCCAACAUUUCAACACUCGAAAUGAUUGAUCUUAGUGAUAACAGUUUUAUUGGACCAGUCCCCAACAACUUAGGCAAUCUUCAAAACCUUCAAGGAUUCAGUAUUUCUGGAAAUCAAUUUGGAUCAGGGGACGCUGAUGAUUUAGAUUAUGUAAAUUCUUUACUCAAUUGUACACAUCUAGAGAUGUUGAGUCUUGCCAAUAAUAGCUUUAAGGGCCCCCUUCCCAACUUUAAAGCCAAUCUCUCAACAUAUCUCUCUAUGAUUUUUUUAGGAGAUAAUCAAAUAUCUGGAACCAUUCCUAUUGGGAUUGAGAAUCUUGUCAACUUAACCGAAUUGGCCAUGGACGGUAACUUUCUCGAAGGUCAUAUUCCGUCUGUUAUAGGGAAACUUUCAAAGCUUCAAAGAUUAUACUUGGGUGGAAAUAGACUUUCAGGACAGAUACCUUCCACUAUAGGCAAUCUCACCCUUUUGUUUGAACUUUAUUUAGAAUCCAACAACUUGAAUGCAAGCAUUCCUUCCAGCAUUGGAAAUUGUCAACAUUUACAGUUCUUAAGCCUUUCUAAUAAUAGCCUCCAAGGGUCAAUACCUAAACAACUCUUUCUUAUAUCCUCCUUAUCAAUAUCUCUCAACUUAUCUUAUAAUUCUCUUGUCGGUUCCCUAUCAAUUGAAAUUGGUAACUUGAAGAGAGUUUCUAUAAUAGAUAUCUCCAACAACAAACUCUUUGGAGAAAUUCCGUCCUCCAUUGGUGGUUGUGAUAGUGUGGAACAACUUUUUAUGGGGGGUAAUUUGUUUGAAGGAACCAUUCCUCAAUCUUUGACUCUUUUGAAGGGGCUUCAAGAUUUAGAUCUCUCAUUCAACAACUUAUCAGGGAAAAUUCCAAAAGAUCUAGAGAAACUUGCAGCAUUGCAGAGUUUGAAUUUAUCCUUCAAUUAUCUUGAGGGUGAGGUACCAACAAAAGGAAUCUUUGGAAAUGCAAGUGCAAUUUUUGUGAAUGAAAAUGAUAAGCUCUGUGGGGGAAUUGCAGAGUUACAUUUGUCUACAUGCACAAACAAUGGAUCUACAAAAACAGAAAAAUCCAAUGCUUUUAGAAUAGUUUUGGCGAUAAUCGGUGUGGUUCUUGGUUUUCUUUUGAUAUCUUCAUUUUUUACUCUUUUUUGGAUAAGAAGAUCAAAAAGUAAACCUCCAUCCACACCAUUAAUCGGUGACCAAUUCUUAAAGCUUUCUUACAAAGAGCUCUUCCAAGCUACUGGAGGAUUUUCUUCAGCUAAUUUCAUAGGUUCCGGCAGUUUUGGCUCUGUAUACAAAGGGAUAAUCGACCAAGAUGAAACCAUUAUCGUAGUCAAGGUACUCAAUCUUCAAAAUCAAGAGUUUACAAGAGCUUCAUGA